CUGUCACUUGCUGUCUGACUUACAGGAUGAACACCCUCCAGGCUCUGGUUCUCUUGGCUGCAGGCCUCUCUGUUUCCCACUCACUGGACUACAGGGCACUCACCCAGUUUAGAAAGAUGAUCCUGUGUGUGAUGCCUGAUAGCUGGCCUCUUUUUGACUACGCCGACUACGGCUGCUACUGUGGAAAGGGAGGCUCCGGCACACCUGUGGAUGAUCUGGACAGGUGCUGCCAAGUGCAUGAUCAGUGUUUCAAUGAUGCAAUGCAACACCCUGAGUGCUGGCCCAUCCUCGACAACCCGUACAGCGAGUUUUAUGACUACAGCUGCGACAAGGAAAACAAGAAGGUCACCUGUGGCAACAAAAACAACGAAUGCGAGAUGUUCAUCUGUGAGUGUGACAGGAAGGCCGCCGAGUGCUUUGGCGUGUCACCUUGGAACCCUGAGCACGAGCACCUGCCCAGCGACCGCUGUCAGUAAAGACAGCUCACAAAAAGUGACAGAUCAAUUGGUCAAUUUGUUGGCUCAUUAGAAAUAUUCACCUUAUAUCAAUUUCUGCAUCUGUUGAAUUACUUUUGCUGGGUUUGUUAUGUAAUGUGGAAUUAUUCUGAUGAUAAACACAGUUUGAUCUCUUA